AUGCCCACAGUCGAUCCGACGUACCCUCUUUACCCCGCCGCUUCAUUCAUGGCCGCUAUGAUGUUGCUCCUGGUGCUCUUUUUGACCCUCAUUCACAAGAGCUGGAACCUGGGUGUGUUGUUCUUGAACUUCUGGCUCUUGUCGGAGAACUUAGUGCGAGGAGCCAACGCGAUUGUGUGGUCUGACAACGCCGAAAUCAAGAACUUCAUAUACUGCGACAUCGCUUCACGUGUACAGCUCAUCACCUACAUCGUGAAACCUAUGGCCACCUUGAUCAUAACUCGCCGAUUAUACUUAGUCGCAAAUCUUCGAUCAGCGAGCAUGUCGGACACAUCAGCUAGACGCAAAGAACUCAUCAUAGAAUGGACGUUGGGCCUUGGCAUACCCUUGUUAGUCGCUGGGCCCUUCUACUACAUCGUUCAAGGAGCUCGAUUCUCCGUGUAUGAGGGGUUCGGAUGCCAAACCGCGCCGGAUGGCUCGACUCUUCACGUUUUACUCUUUCACUCGUGGGCGGUCUUUACCCCGCUGCUGUCAAUCACACUUUAUUGCCCCAGGAUAAUCUGGGUAUUCUACCAUCACUGGCAGUCGCUGCGCCAUCUUCCGCAGACCUACAACAAACCCGUAUCGCGCAUCGACUACGUCCGCAUCUUCGCCAUAGCGAGUGUCGACGCCUUGUUCACAUUGCCCAUCGGGAUUGUGAACGUCACGCUGCUCGUGCAACAAUCGCUGAAUCAGUUCGGUCAUUACUACUUGUACACGGGGUGGAAGGCCUUGCACGGCGAUUGGACGCCACAGGCGAUCUCAUAUGCCGACUUGGCGAGGAAGGGGACGACCGAGGUUGUGGAAGUCUACUUCACUCAUUGGACCUCGCCCAUCCUCGCCUUUGUCGCCUUUGGGCUCUUCGGAUUCACGAAGGAGGCACGAGAAGCGUACUGGGGCGCUUUCCGCACUCUUGGCAGCUGGGCGGGCAACAAGCCGGUUGCACCCUCGUGCGGGUCUUGCUCAUCUCUGGACGCAACGGAGUUCGGCGAGCGCGCGUAG